UAUACUCACUUUGGCCAUGACUCCGAAGUGCUUUGGACGAAGCGGACACUGCUCAGUCUCGGAUAUAGAGCAGAGCAAUAUAUCAGCGUCGAUGUUGCUCUGCCUAAUUCAAUUGCAGCCGGAACAUUAGACAUGACAUCUACUUGGCCAGACUUCCACUCGUAGACUGCCUUAUUAAGGGGUCUGAGGCAUCCUCACAGCGAAAAGGUCCACUACCUCGGUACCCCAAUCGAUUCCUUUUUCACUUUCCUCAACACUUUGCCAUCAAGAAUAAUGUCCCAAGGCACAACUAAACGCGCACGCGAAGGUCAUUUUGCGGCUCCAGGACUUAAAAAGACGAAAUCGCACCAGACAACGCAGUCGGAUCUGCUGCCAAAGCCUACUCGCGAUACAACCCCUGGCCGUGUGUACGUCUUUGGAACUGGCGAUUGCGCCCAGCUUGGACUAGGAGAGGACAUUCUCUCCAGGAAAAAGCCAGCCAAUCUCGCAGCGCUCAAUGACGAGCAGAUUGUCGACAUUGCUGCGGGUGGUAUGCACAACAUGGCUCUCACAGCGGACGGGAAGCUCUGGUCCUGGGGUGUGAACGAUCAGCGAACGCUUGGUCGCUCUGGUGAUGAGUACACUCCCCUUCCCGUAGAAGGAUUAGACAACGUUAAAAUCGUCAGGGUGGCCUGCUCUGACUCGUUGACGGUGGCACUGACCGAUGAAGGCUAUGUGUACACUUGGGGCACAUUUCGGAGCGCCGAAGGAAUUCUAGGUCACUCCAAGGAGAAGGAGGUGCAAGAGCUACCAACCAUUGUCCAAGGACUUCACGAUAUUGUCGAUAUCGCAACAGGAACAGAUCAUGUUUUGGCGCUCGAUAUCCACGGCAUGGUUUACAGCUGGGGCAACGGACAGCAGAUGCAGCUUGGCCGCAGGAUCCUCGCUCGUCGAAUGUUGAACGGUCUGACACCAGAGUCUGUCGGCGCAAAAGGGAUCACAAAAGUCGGCGCAGGAUCAUAUCACUCCUUUGCGAUCGACAAAGAAGGAAAGGCGUACGCAUGGGGUCUGAAUACCUAUGGCCAGUGUGGAAAUGAGGAUCCAAAGCUCGAAAACAUACCCUCUGUUGCCUCGAUCGAAGCCUUGGAACUGGAGACCAUAAUCGACAUCCAAGGAGGUGAACAUCACACCAUUGCUCUGUCCAAGGAUGGGAAACUGUAUGGAUUCGGCCGCUCAGACAGUCACCAACUCGGCCUUGGAUACACUGAAGCUCCCGGAUCUGAAGACCCAAGCAGCCACAAGAAAGCGAUCCGCCACCCUACGUUGAUCCCAGGACUUCCCUCAAUCAAGGCUAUCUCUGUUGGCGGAAAUCACACUUUAGCAUUGACACAGACAGGAGAAGUGUAUGCAUGGGGAUUCGGAGAGAUGCUGGCGUGCGGCAAUGGCGAGGAGGAGGACGUGGAGAAGCCUCUGAAAUUGACUGGGCAGCAAAUUGAGAAAUGCCGCGUGUUGAAGGUGGCGGCAGGAGGCCAGCACUCUGCCAUCCUCGCUGUGCUGGAGAGAUAGACAAUAGAUUAACGAUAAAGGAUUACUCAAAUGUUCUCGCGCGGCAUUCUUUCUCUCUCUCUUUCUCUUUUGCUGUGCAGGCUAUCGCGUCCAUUUUAUUUUUGACCCAGAUGCUGGGUGCUGUGGUC